GGGAAUGGGGCGAGGACGGGACACGGGAGGAGGGGGGAGAAAGAGAGAGAGAAGAGGAGAAAGAAGAUGCUGUCGUCCGCUGUCCUUCUGCCGGAACAGCCACCAGAUGAUCCUCCGCCAGUCCCACGGCCUGAUCCAGCGACGCCGGGCGGUGGCACUGGACCCACUCCGCGGUUCCAGCUGGUAAGCGGGCGGUGAACUGUUCCAGCGCCAUCUGGUCGAUGAUUCCCUCGGUGUCGCGAUCUUCGGCCCUCAGCCACCGCCAGUAGGCGUCCCGGAGCUGCUGGCCGAACGCGAACGGGCUGCCGACUUCCUCCAUCCGCAGCGCGCGGAAGCGCUGGCGCUGCUGCUCCGGCGUGCGCCCCACGCGCUGGAGGACAGCCCGGCGAAGGUCGGCGUAGGCCAGCCUGCGGUCGGCGGGGAGCUGUAGUGCGGCCAGCUGCGCCUAUCCCGUUAGGAGGGGGAGGAGGCGCGCCGCGCGCUGCUCCAUCGGCCACCCUGAGGCUUCGGCGACCUGCUCGAACAAUGUGAUGAAAGCCUCGGGGUCGUCCUGCGGGCCCAUCUUGGUCACGGUGAGGGGAGACGGGCCCGCGGCCGGGGCGCUGGUGGACCCCGCCGACGCGAGGAGACGCCGGAACGCCUCUCGAUCUUCCUGCUGGGCCAGCACCAGGGCUUCAAAGCGGCGCUCCUGCUCCUUUCGGAGCGUGACAAGUGCCUGGUGCUGGCUCUGCUGAGCCGUGGCGAGGGCGUGGACCAAGUCCGCGAACGGGGAGGAUUCCAUGGGGCUGCUGUGUUGGUGCUCCACCUUUUCCCGGGUUUCGGCACCACUGUAGCGCGUAUCGAGUGUGGGUGGAGCACAGAGGACGGCAGGACAACGUUUGGAGGCAGACAAGGCGAUUUAUUUUUGUAACUUUUCAGUCUAAGUACUCUCAUUCAUUCAUUCAUUCAUUCAUUCAUUCAUUCAUAUACACACACACUCAUCUGGUCCCGGGUUGCGCUCCCUCUCCUCUCUCUCUGCCUCCUUAAAUAGGGAACGGUUACUGGGAAAACACACACACAAACACAGGUUAAUUAUCCUCAGGUGUCGCGAUUCUGCCACUCACCUUCCCCGGCUCCACCCUCCUGUCACAGACCGGCGCUUGACCACGCCCCCGCUGCCACAAUAAUUUACUGAGAAAAGAAGCUAAAGUGAAGCAUGAUUUAACUCUGCUUAAAAUAUCUUAUAGUAUAUAUACUUAACUACCAAAAUAUUUAGGUAUGAAAACAGAGAAAGUGCAGGAGGAUUCAGGAUGACAUUUUUAUGCCAAACAAUAAUGUGUUUUUAUAUUAGUCUAUCUGUAAAACAAUAAAGACAAACAAUACAUGCCUUUCAAUGUAACUUUCAAUGUAAGCAAUUUUGAAAUUUCACCAUAUUCUUGUCUGUAUCAAGGUUUAAUUAAUCAUACUGUGGUGACAUUGUAUGAAAUUAAUCAUACUAUGAUGUUGCAUGAAAUCCAGACUUACACCAGGCAUUUAAGCAAGAAUGGAAUGACUGACACUACUUGUGCAACAUUAAUACCAUGCAAUGUGAGAUCAACUGUGUUACAGUUUUUCUCAAAUGCUAAAACACAAAAGCCAAUCCUCUAAACCAAAUGACCAGUUGUCUAAACACAUUUACUAAAUCUAGCCAUCAUUUGCCAAUAUCAUAAACACAUUUCACAUGAAGACACAAUUCACAAAACACAAUCCUCCGUUCUCAUAAAUCUAAACACAUUUUUCCUUGCUAAAACACAAGUUGCAAAAGAACUCUGCUCAUAUUCUCAAAUGAAAGCUCAUGUGAUGCAAAAUGCUUGCCACAGUCAGCAAUAUUUGAACACAAUGAACACACCUGGCAUCAUUAAUUACACACAACGACUCAAAAUUGAAGACACUUGUUGCUAAUGCUGUGACCACAUGUAUAAAAGCAAGUUCAGAGUGCACAGUUUGCUGAAGAUUCCAAACAAACACAAUGAAUGAAGGCAGAGUCAGGGGAAGAGGAAUUCGAGUCAGAGGAGGGAGAGGAGCUGACCAUGGAGGGAGAAGAGCUGGCCAUGGAAGAAGAGGAGCAGGCCAACGAGGAAGUGGAGUUCAAAUCAGAGGAGGAAGAGGUGCAGGCCAACGAGGAAGAGGAGGAGGUCAACAAGGGAGAGGACAAGGUCCAGGAGGGAGAGGGCAAGGUCCAGGAGGGAGAGGGCAAGGUCCAGGAGGAAGAGCAAGACAACCUCGCACCAUCAUUACGGACGAGAUGUGAGCAACAGUCAUUACCAUGUCAUUGACCAUGUCAUUGUCCAUGGCAUGACAAUGGCUGAAGCAGGACUUAGAGUCCGUCCAAACCUGAGUAGGUUCACCGUGGCCACCAUUAUCAGGGCAUUCAGACAACACAACAGAGUUGAAAGAAUGCCACAUAGAGGUGGGAGGGUUGCCAUAUUUACAGUGGCACAAGAAACCCUCAUUGUGGAUAUGGUUCAUGAGAACAACCUCAUCAGACUCCGGGAGAUCAGAGACAAAGUCAUUGCCGAUAAUGUCAACUUUGAGAGCAUUGAUGAUGUCAGCUUGGCCACAAUAGACCGAGUUCUCCGGCGCCAAAAGAUGCGGAUGAAACAGGUCUGUAGGGUUCCCUUUGAGUGCAACUCUGCGCGACACAAAGACUUACGUUACGAGUAUGUGCAAAGGAUAUUACAGUUGGACGCAAUGGCCAGACCUCAUGAGUACCUCUUCCUGGAUGAGGCUGGCUUCAACCUGCAGAAACGAAGGCAAAGAGGCCGUAACAUCAUUAGCCAAAGAGCCAUCACUGAGGUUCCUGGCCGACGGGGGGGUAAUACUACUCUUUGUGCGGCCAUGGGUUCGGAGGGGCUUGUCCACCGGCAUGCUGUCCUUGGGUCUUACAACACCCAACGUCUCCUCACCUUCCUAGAGGAGCUAAGAGACAUCCUCCUGGACCGCCAACAACACCAUCCUGGGCCCGCACAUCCCAUUUUAUGUGAUCAUUUGGGACAAUGUCCGCUUCCACAGAACAAACCAAAUCAGAGAGUGGUUCACCACCAACAGUAACCAGUUUUUAAACAUCUGUCUGCCACCCUACUCCCCUUUCCUGAACCCUAUAGAGGAGUUCUUCUCAUCGUGGAGAUAGAAGGUUUAUGACAGACAACCAUACACUAGAGAGAACCUCCUAAGGGCAAUGGAGCUGGCCUGUGGUGACAUCCCAGUGGAGGCCUUCCAAGGAUGGAUGCGCCAUUCCAGGGCGUUUUUCCCGCGGUGCCUGGCAAGAGAGAAUAUAGCCUGCGAUGUGGAUGAGGUGAUGUGGCCCGAUGCAGCUCAGCGACAUGAUGCCGCACAGUGAUUGUGGUGUGUGUGUGUGUGUGGUGUGAAUAAAGUAAAUAAAAAAACUUCACACCCUGAA